UCGAAAGAGGAGAAAGUGAGAUUUUAGAGAAAUGCUGGCGGUGUUGGAUAAAUCAUUGUCGAAGGCGGCAGAAGGGCUGAGAGGCCCUGCGCCAAGCGGCGAGGAGAACGACGCACGCGAUGUUGCGGCGCUUCUGCAUGACUUCACCGAGGACAAGGAAAGGCAGCUCACGAUAAGCCUCGGGUCAGGCGCUGGAUUGGCAUGGUUUGCCAAGAACGGCAACCUUUUGCUUCGCCAGUUUUAUGCUGUCGUGGAUAAUAUGUUUUGCCUUUUUGAAGGGCGCAUUGAUAAUUUAUCUAAUUUGAACAAAUAUUAUGGUUUGCACAAGAGGAUAAAUGAGCCUACCCUUGUAAUUGAAAUAUACCGAACAUUAAGAGACAGAGGGCCUUAUCCAGCUGAGAAGGUUAUAAGGGAUAUCGAAGGGAGGUUUGCCUUUGUUAUACUGGACAUGACUGCAAAGUCCACUUUUAUUGCUGUUGAUUAUGAUUGUACUGUUCCAUUUUAUUGGGGCGCUGAUUCUGAAGAACGUCUUAUUUUAUCUGACGAUGCUGAAUUUUUGAAGAAAGCUUGUGGGAAAUCAUUUGCAAUUUUCCCUAAAGGCUGCUUUUACACAUCUACUAGAGGAUUACGGAGUUAUGAACAUGCAUCGUAUGAGUUGAAAGCAGUUCCAUGGGUUGAUAGCCACGGGGAUGAGUGUUGGCCCACCUACGAAGUUGACUUCGAGACCAAGAAGCCUACAUCGCUUCGUCGGAAUGACAGCGACUUUGAUUGGUCUGAGGAGUUAUAACCUACCAAUCCUUUUUCACCCCUAUCUUUUCUCUUGCCUUUUAUUUUUUUUAUUUCCUCGAAUAAAAUAAUUUUGGCAGGGUUUUCUACUUGAAACUCGUCUGUUGGCACUUCUUCUGUGUUAUUUGUCUGGAUAU